UGUUACACGCAUUCGCUGGAAGGAACAUUUCAUCACCUUCGAGACAUUCUCGAGCUCCGUGUCUGCGUGUCCCCGUUGGACAAUGGAUCCACGUCGCGAGAGAAGGCCGAUCGCUUACUUGACGCGGAAGGCACAGAUAUCCUGCUGCCAUCGCCUGAACAGCCCGUUCCUAAGUGAGGAGGAGAACAACCAAUUGUACGGCAAAUGCAACAAUAUUUUUGGUCAUGGUCACAACUAUACCGUGGAAGUAACUGUCCGUGGACCCGUGGAUCCAUUAACAGGGAUGGUUAUGGACUUGGAGGACCUGAAAGACUGUAUGCAGAAGGUGCUGAUGGAUAAGAUGGAUCAUAAAAAUAUAGACAAGCAAGUGGACUACUUCAGAGAGACAGUCUCAACGACCGAGAAUGUCGCGAUUUACAUAUUCGAGGAACUGAAGACGCACAUUCCCGAAUUGCUGUAUGAAGUCAAGGUCCAUGAAACAGAUAAGAAUGUAAUGUGUUUUAGAGGAGAAUACUAUGAAACUGGAUCUCCUUAAUCAGGCCACUUGAUUGUACAGAUUUGUUUAUCUUUGAUAUUUGUUUGGUAUCCUCAUUACAUUUGUAUAAUACAAUUACACGAUUGUACAAUACGAUUAUAUUAAAACGAUCGAAAAUAAUACAUGUAAAUUAUACGCUUGUAUAUCUAAGUGAUAUAGAAAAUGUAUAACAUUCCAGUUUCGCCUGCAUACAGUUUUCAUUAAACCAGAAUUGUAGUUACCCUCUACGGUAUGGCAAAAAAUUAAAUAUUUCACCCGU